AUGACAACGGCGACUUCUACCUCAACCUCAACCCUCGCAACCCCUUCCGCCACACACUUGCAACUCCUCCUCCAACAGCACCACGCCCUCCAGCGGAAAGAACUCGAAUCCAAAGAAAAAGAGCGGCUCGAGCGAGAGAAACGGCUUCAACUCCUCCAACAACAGCAACAAAAGGAUUACUUGGCCUCCACACCCUCUUCCUCGACGACACCUUCGAACAACAAUAACCUCAACGCAGAUGCUCAAUCGGUUGCUGCAUACAUGGCCGCUUACCUGAAAGUCGCUUCCACCACCUCUUCUUCAGCAGCAGCAGGAGCAAACAACAGCAGCACAGAUCGGGCUCACACCACCACUGGAGGUGCUUCUUCUACCUCCAUGAUGACAACAGCUGCAACCAUCGAUCCCUCAAAAACGUCCCUUUCACUUCCGGUGGUAGUACCACCACCUUCUGCUUCACAAUCCACUACCUCCGCAUCGACCACGACAGCAGCUCAGGCGGCAGUCGUGUUGGCAGCAGCAUCGGCAGCAGCAUCGGCAGCGACCACUCCCUUGGCUACAGUGGCGCCCUCUUCAACCUUGUUAUACCCAGCCCCAUCCUCAGCCCCAGUCUCUGUAUCAUCCACUCCAUCCUCUACCUCUCACAACCAUAACCGGAUAACUGGAUCUGGAUCUACAUCCGGAGUCACCACCACUCAAUUCAAGGCUUUGAAGCCCAACACCAAAAAGCUAUCCCCUGCCACACCCCUCGACUCCUCAACCACAACAGCAACGACGUCCGGAUCGGAAAACAAGAAAGCCACGGUGGCGACGACGAAUGCGCAUCGACAAGAAUGUUACAACUGUGGAGUGACUAAGACUCCGCUUUGGAGGCGGACUGCAGAUCGACUUCACUCGCUCUGUAAUGCCUGUGGCCUUUAUUACAAGCAGUACAAGACCAACCGGCCACUCGUCGCCAAGAGCGCUGCCUUCAAGGAUGAGUCCCCUUCCUCUUCCUCGCUUCUCGCCCACUCAGCAACAGCAUCACAACAGCAACAGAAGCAGGGAUUGGACCAGCAGACCAUCAAGCGUAGGAAGGUUAGCAACGAAGCCAGUAACUCUGUCUCAGCCCUUACAUCAACCUCCACUACAACAGCAGGGAAGACAGAUACCCCCGAGAUGGCCCACCUUAUCCGUGCACUGGAUCCAGCAUCAACAACCAUUUCGGUGGUCUUUCCAGCAGCGACCCCGAGCCAUCUGAAACCCCUCCUCCCUUGUCCACCGGCUCUCAUUCGCCAAUCGACGGCCCUCCCUCCGUCUCCGCCUUCCCACACCCCUUCUGCCUCUCCUCCCCCUCCUUCUACUUCUGCGUCGGUUUAUUACCAUCAGCAGCAGCAGAGUGAGGAUGAUAGCGAGAAUGAUGGAGAGGAUGAGGAUGAGGAUGAUGACGAUGAUGAGUACCGAGACGAUCAGGACGAGGAGGACGACAAUGAUGAGGAUGAGGAUUAUGAUAUGGAGAGUCGAGGUCGACAUGAGCAGUUCGAUGUGGAGAUGCGAGAAGUCGUCGCUCAUGACAGUGUGUCGGACGAUUCGGAGGAUAUGAUGAUGUCUCCUUCUACCUCUACUUCUCGCCGCCAACAACCACAACCACAACCUCAGCAACCUCAACAGCAACAACGUCAACAAAGCCAAAAGCAGCCAUCAGCACACCAACGUCGCCAACUCAAUCAAAAGCAACAACCCCCCACUACCGGUACCAACUUCAACGCCGUAACAACAACGACAUUAAUUACGAUCGAAUGCGCGAACUGCGGACAGACAGAGACACCGCUCUGGAGAAAGGACGCCAAGGGCCAAUCGAUCUGUAACGCCUGCGGGUUAUAUUCUCGACUCCACCAACGCGAUCGGCCGGUGACGAUGCGCAAGUCGAAUAUUGCGAGACGGAAACGGGAUUGGGCUGCUGUUCAGGAGAAGAAGGUCGCUGCUGCUGCCGCCGCCGCUGCCUCUGGAGGAGCUGGAGCGGGGUUGAGUCAGGGUCAUGGCGUCGGUGAGGAAGGCUUUGUGUCUGGCGGAGUUGGUGUCAAGAGCAAGAACAAGAAGCACAGGCAACAACAACAUUCUACAACCACAUUGUCCAAUACCGGCAGGAAACGGAAAGGAAAAGCCUUGCUGGAGGACGAGGGACAUGAGGAUGAUGUUAACCAUCACGGCGAUGUUGACCGUGCCGAUCACGACAACAGCAGCAGCAGUGAGGAUGAGGACGACGAGGAUGUUGAUCGCCAGGAGGAAGACGAGGACGACGAAGAAGAGGAGGAUGUCAUGGCGCGUGUGGAAGUUCUGGCGAUGAACAUCCCGGUCUCGAACGAGGACGAGUCUGACCAUCUCUCCGAUGACCACCUUCCACAGCAGAUGCCCACACCCGUCUCAAAUGCAUCCCUCUCUCCCUUGCUGACCAACCACACCCAGUACAACCACCAAGGCCACCACAACCAUCACCACAACAGCAUCUCUUUUGCUAACGGAGGUGGCUCAAUGUCACCAGCAUCCUUGACAGCCUCCCCACCAACACCCGUCUUGACCUCACCUAACUUUUUCAACCCUACCAGUUCUGUCUCAACCACGCCUGGUGCACCACCCUCGGCCGCAGCUGUGGCAGCGGCCUUUGCGCACAUGAACCCCCUCCUCGUGCAACAGUACCGUCAGCAACUACAGUUCCAGAACCAAGCUGCUGCCCUCUCGGCCGCCGCCGCCGCCGGUCUCAAAUCUGGCACCGUUACACCCGGUGCGGAUGGGUUAUCAACAACCUUGAUGGGCGCCAGCAACAAUGGAGCAGCGCCGUUCACUUCGGGCUUGUACCCACAGUACCCGAGCACACCCUUCUUGCAUGAGUCAACUCUCCCACAGGACCCUAUGGCUCUUGCGGGGUUGCAGCUCCAACAGCAACAACAGCAAUUGCAGCAGCAGCAGCAGGCGGGUGGUGUCCGAUCGCCCUUUGGGCCAGCCUCGCCUUCUGAUGGGAAUGUUGGAAGUGGAGUGCAGAGACCGAACCCGAUUGUUACGGAUACCCAGGCACUCCUCUCUCUUCAGCAACAGCGACAUCAGUCUCAGUCUCAGUCUCAGUCUCAGUCCCAGCCCCAGCCCCAGUCCCAGUCUCAACCUCAGUCUCGACAACAGCAGCAGCAGCGGAGCCAAGGCCCCACCGAAUCCAAGAACCCCACCCCUUCUUCCACCACACCCACCCCCAACCGUCCUUCGACCCAAGGACCCAACAGCAACCCCCUAAUCCUGGACAGCACCCGCUUCACCCGCCUCAUGAACCAGAUGUCCAAACCCCAGCUAUCGAUGUUCCUCACAAUCCUCGAAGAACGCUGUGGUGCCCUCCGACACCGUCUCGCAGGAGAAGACGAUUCUAUCCAUAGGGUAGACCAGAACGAGCUGAUGUUGAUGUUUAAUCACCCGAGUUUUGUCCAUGGUGGAAGUUUGGACGGCCCUGGGUUCGGGAUGGGCGGCGGCGGUGGUGCUUCUAGCACCAGUAACGGUGGCUACUAUGGAGAUGCAGCAGUAGCAGCAGGGGGCCCUUAUGGAGGAGUGAGUGGUGGAGGAAGUGUGUAUAAUGGAGCCUAUGGAGGAAAUGGGUCGACGGCCUUGACCAACUUGAUGGCCUUGAAUGAUAUGGGCCAGCAUCGUGAGCGGACGGGACAUUUGAAGACCUUGAGUAACGCGUCCUCGUCUGAUUUUAUGAUGCAGUAG